AUCAACUUCUUUGUUUCAGAUAUGGAUUCAAUUUUCCGUUUGGAACGGAAUCGGGAAGGAUGUUCCUGGGCUGGGCGCGGGGGAACCCGCCCUUUCGCUGUUCAACCUUGUCCUGUUGAUCCUCUAUUGCGUGCUUACCUCCCUGAAUGGGUUGUGGGUUUUCUCUCCGAUCUGUGGAAACGGGAUCGGAGUGUUGCGUUGAUAGGAAGUUUUCCUGCCUAUGGACGGGGACUUGUUAAAUCCUUUAAUAAAAUCGAGAUAGUCAUGAGUGACGAGGUUUUCACUCUGUUUUUUGAGUAUCUCAAGCGGCAUAACGCAUUCAAGAUGAAGGAUGCGCCAGAGUUUGCUUUGUUGGGGUUGUAUGACGUAUUCCAUCAGUUCCCACUCAUGAGUGGAAAGCGACAGUCCUUCCGUAACUUUGGGCAAGAGUCGUCCAAGAGUGUUCUAGCUGAAACUGUCUACCUCCUAGAACCGAUGGACAUCUCCUCUCCACCUAUCCGAACAGAGAUUUCUGUUAUCUCCAACCUGAUCUGGUCCCGACUCGAACCUGGGCACGAGCAGAAGACGUGUGUUAUGCAUCAGUUGGGUGCCCGGACGCCUAACCUAGUCAGGUAUAUAUAUACUUUUUUUAAAAGAAUGGGGAAUCUAUUUUAUGAGAUGUUAUUUAUUAGACCUAAGACUCUUGGUUGUCGCGAAUCUUUUCAUACUUCGGGCUAUCCCCGGACCCGGGGUCCAGCGUUUGCUAUGAGUCUACUUUGCAAAGCACAACAUUCUCAACAUCAGGUUGCUAUUUACUCUUUUGAAUACUAUGGUCUGGCUUCGAGUGGGUCUGUCUUCAACGCUUUUGCUGUUUUUAGUCUUCCUGCCUUGGGGACUACUCUUAACGAAGACGUUUGGAGUGGGAGGACGGUCAUUGACGCCACUGCCGUGGACUUUUCAACAGUUUCUUCCACCCAGAAUGGUUCCGAACUCGUGGGGAUUUCUUCUUUAAACAAAAAAUUCAAAAAAUGAUUACUAACAUCCGCCUUCAA